UUGCGCGGGGCCGCAGCAACACAGCGUCAACUUUCCUCUCUCCGCUUGUCCCGUAAGCCGGUCCGCUGCGGAGCGCCGCCGAAAAAGUAGCGACGGAGAUUUUAUAGAAAGUUUCCUUCAGGAGAAGAGCGAACGGACGCCGGCGGGUUUUUCUUUUUUUUCUUUUUCUUUAACGCGUCGCUGUUUAGUUUAAAGAGCGAAACAUUGUUUUUUUUUUUUUUUUAAAGAAAAUGCCUCAGCUCAGCAGCGGCGGCGGAGACGACCUAGGAGCGAAUGAUGAAAUGAUAGCGUUCAAAGAUGAAGGCGAGCAAGAGGAGAAGAUACAAGAAAACGCGUUCACGGAAAGGGACCUGGCUGACCUCAAGUCGUCUCUCGUCAACGAAUCAGAGAUAAAUCAGAGCAGCACAGCGGCGGUCAGACGGGGACAGCCGGGCGAGCAGAGGGGCUACCCGGAGAAACACAGAGAGCAUCUUGACGGAGUGUCGAAGCAGCAAGAUGGAGGCAUGUACAAGACGCCGACAUAUCCCAGCUACCCUUUCCUGAUGCUGCCUGACCCGUAUCUCCCCAGCAGCUCGGUGUCACCAUCUUCCAACAAGGUGUCCGUAGUGCAGCAGUCCCACGGGAUGCACCCCCUGACGUCCCUCCUGCCCUACAGCAACGAUCAUUUCAGCCCCAGCCCUCCUCACCUACCCACAGAUAUGAGCCAGAAGACAGCCGUCUCUGGUACUAGCUGCCUCGUAAUCGUCCUGCCACACCCGCCCCCACACCCCACACCCAGCGGCGUGGAGUGA